AUGCACUUUAAUGUUUCUGAGCCAACAAAUGUUGCAAUAACAACAAGUGCUGCUAAUGAGACGAUACCAACACCUACCAACACAAACACGACAGGCGUCGCCAAUACAACUGCGGCCACAACUCCUCGAACUACAACAACCACCAAGAAGUUAGACCCUCCCACGGCAGCCAUAACUGAACUGGCUGCAACUCGGGCUACAACAGCUAAAAAUUAUUACGAGAUAGAAAAUCAGGUCACUGUCCCUCAACAGAAUGUUUAUAACUCGUUCUCCACUUCCACCACAACCACAACCUCUUCCCCUUAUCCUUCCUCGUCCGUAAGCCCAACUUCUACUGCAUCCAUCAGGAAGGGAUCGAGUGAGGCAUCAACCACUGAGGAACCAACUUCUCAAAUCGCGUCGACUUUACAUUCCUCUUCGACUAAGCUACCCACCACCACUCGUUUGGAGCCUGUCCCUUCAACGCAAGACUCUUUGACUACUGAUAGAGUUACACCCUUAAAUUUGGUCACAAUAUCCUCUCAAUCUUCAAUCUUGCCCACCAACCAAUCUUGCUCGUUCCAAAUCGCGUCAAAUUUCUCAGAAACCAAUCAAACCACGCAGUGCAAUGUAACAUUCGGGGACAACAGCCCCAACGUUAAUGUGGACCUUAUUGCCUCGAAUCAAUCCCUACAUCAUACCUACGCCUUGGAGCGGGAAGGUGAGGCAACGGUGGAGGCUUGGUGCUGGAAGGCCAGUGGCGGCCCUAUUUCCUCCAGUUCGCUGGUAGUUACGCUCGUCAGGCCUCUCAGUGACGUGCAGCUCACCGUCACGCCCUCUAUGGUUGUCGUGCCUCCAGGCAUUGUCAACGCUACCCUUACUUUCACUGGCUACAGGUAUGCAAACCACAAUCUGACGUUGAUCAGAGACAUGGGUGAUGGGCAAACAUUCAACCUUGGCAUCAACAACUCAAACCAGCAACAGUCUUUCGUCUUCACGCACAGAUACAACAUUACGAUGGUGUCUGCGAAAAUAACCUUUAUUCUAAUGAAUGCAGUAAGUGACGUGACUCUGAUAGAGAACAUCACCACGCAAGAAGCAAUCGGCGGAGGUCAAAUCACAGCAGUGAAAACCAAAUUGCUGGUGAAUGAGGAAGUUAGACUUCAACUCAAUUUAACUUCACGUGCAAACGCUACCAUCACUAUUGACUAUGGCGACGGUGCAGUGAACACGUUUUCAACGCCGCCAUUUAACACAAUGACUCACAAAUAUGCUAACCCAGGCAACUAUAGCGUCAGAGCUUACAUUUUCAACAACGUCAGCAGCGUUAACGUUUCCUGCAAUAGCGUAUUGACCGUCAGGAACGACCUGCAGAAUUUAAUUAUAGAUACCCCCGCAAUGGUUGCCCUACCAGCCGGUAACUACGUCAUUACGUUGAGUUCACCCAUACUUUUCAUAGGAGUUACAUGCACCUUCAACGUGGCCGGUAAUGUAACUCCUCAGAAAUACUUCCCAUUGAUCUCGCCCAAUUCUACUAGGCAGGUACUAUUUAACCUCUCUUCACUGCAGACAAGAGAUUACAUCACGCGAGUGAUUUGCCAAAAUGAAGUGUCCAAUAUUUCUACCUUCACCACCCUCACGAUGGUUGAGAGCAUUACGGGUAUCACGAUGAAACUAUCAAAGAACAUCACCCAAAUAGGAGACUCUUUCACCGUCAACCUAGAAGUAGCUUCAGGUUCAAAUAUUUCAUUUGUGGUGAGCUAUGGCGAUGGAACCUUGGACCUGAAAUACGGUGGCGCGGAGUUUCGUAAAAAUUUCACAGGGGUAUACAACACGACUGGAACAUUCUUGAUCAGAGGUUCCGCCGUCAACGCACUUUCUUCCGCUACUGCUGAUGCAAUAAUUUACGUUAUUGAGCCUCUCGAGGGCGUAUCUUUCAGUCACUACAGCAUCGAUCUGUACUCAGGAAGAAUAUUCUCAGGCACUGGCGAGAGAAGUAACAAGUAUAACCUGGACAGAAAGCUGGUCAUUUCAGCAAACAUCACCCGAGGUACAAACUUGAAUUACGUGUGGAUUUUCGACGUGGGUGGCAACAAAGAGUUUGUAACCACAACCGAAGCGCAGGUCAUGCAGAAAUACUACGAGCCUGGCAACGUAACAGUGACGUGCACAGUGUCCAACGGGGUGGUAAACGCAUCCGACCGUCUAGUUGUGGAGAUGUUGACACCGGCGUCAUUAACGCAGUUUACAAACAAUGGUCCGCAGAAAGCACAGAGCAACGUCACUUUCAGCUUAGUUUUGAGAAACCCAACGCCGACCACCUGCGUACUGAUAAAUCUUCAGAACUCGACUCAACUUUAUGGCGCCUCAGUUUGCCCCCUAAUCUUCAGGUCUCAAAACUUCGUCGACCUCAAUUAUGACUUUUUCGAGCAAGCGUUGUCAAAUUACGUCAACUUCACUGAGUACUAUGACAAGGAAGGGUCGUAUACGGUCAGAGCCUCACUUUUUAACUGGGUGUCGCGCUCAUUCGCUGCCUCUCAGGUAGCCAUCACUCGGGCCGAGUGCAAGUACCCGACCGUGUGGCUGUUCGGGAGAGGCAGGGACGUCGAGGAUCCUCUGGUCACAAGCGUCGGUCAGCAGGUCGUCGUGGAGGCCAGCGUUACCCUCAACUGCCAGUACUCUUCUCGUGCUAACUACACAUGGUCGCUGUCCCGGAUUGGCCUGCGAGACGCUCUCGUCGACACAUACAUCAACUACCAACUCAAUGCUUCGCUUAGCAACGAUCCAAGCGUAUUUCUCCGCAGCGUGGUGUUCCCGGCCUUCUCUCUCGCCACCGACAUAAUCUAUAAUGUUUCACUCACCGUUACAAUGAUCGACAUGCCCGAGAUCUACCGCACUACUUCGUCUUACAUCUACGUUAAGUCUCGACCGCUUCUACUGAGCUUCAGAAGCGGCUCCCAGCGUGUUGUGGGCUACAGUAAACCUUACACGGUCGACAUCGUCUCUCAGUCUACGGAUCCAGACGACUCAAGUGAAGCGUCUAAGAGUCAGUGGAGGUUCGUGUGGUCUUGCUACCGUGAAGGUGAACCUCGACCGGACCCUAGCGUUGCACCCAUCAUCGAGAUACCAACAACACUCAUGAACAUCACCGUCAUGACGGACAAGGGCGGCUGUUUCGGGACGGGACCAGGUCGUCUGAACGUUCCCAAUACCAGAGGCACUCUGGAGCUGAACACGAACUACUCACCCCUGCUGGCGGUGAUAGUCCUGGAGGUGGAGGUACGCACUCCGCGUAAGUCGAGCGUGGCCCAGCACAGGGUGCAGAUCGUGCCUGGGGAUCCACCGCCAAUAACUAUAAGGUGCAUCAGCAACUGCCAGGCUAAGAUACCUCCCCUCCUCCCCAACAGGUGCAUCAGCAACUGCCAGGCUAAGAUACCUCCCCUCCUCCCCAACAGGUGCAUCAGCAACUGCCAGGCUAAGAUACCUCCCCUCCUCCCCAACAGGUGCAUCAGCAACUGCCAGGCUAAGAUACCUCCCCUCCUCCCCAACAGGUGCAUCAGCAACUGCCAGGCUAAGAUACCCCCCCUCCUCCCCAACAGGUGCAUCAGCAACUGCCAGGCUAAGAUANCCAGGCAGCCAAUUCCGCAUCAGCCUCCUAGGAACCUCCCCCUGGGCCGCCCCAACCUACACGCUGCUCGAGUUCGCGACCACCCGACCUCCUUAUGGCGGCAACUGCUCCGUGAGGCCAUGACGACGGCAUUCACGGCCACAUGUGCGGGUUGGAUCAACCCUGAGACGUUGACCUCAGCAGGGCUCGUCUAUAGGGUGUGGCGGGUGGUAGGGACGGACGCGCCGGCGUUGCUGCGCUCGUCCCCGACGUCGGAGCUCGUUGGACUCGUGUCAGGACCCGGCGACGCAGCGGCAAACUUCGCCGUGACGUUCCUCGUCGACGUCGCCCAUGAUCUCGGCGCCUUCGUCAGGACCAGCGUCGCCGUCACGGUGCGGCCCGCGGUGCUGGCGGGCGCCGACGUUACAGCUUUUGCGGAGAGCGCCACGGACCUUCUGAAGACGGGCGACCUGCAGACGGGGCUGCAGCUCGCCGCCGCCCUCGCCUCCAGCCUCAACACUGCACCUCAGGCGAGUGUGGAGGGGAUGACGAUGACCGCGGCGUCCGUGACGACGACUCAGAGCUCAUCAGUUGACAACGAACGCGUGCGUCUGCGGGACGAGCUCACUUUAGCGGUGACAUCUGCGCCUGUCAAUACCCUCGAGGCGCUGCAGCAGAGUGCUAGCACGAUGUCAGCCAUCACGCAGCAGAAGGAAGAAGUGUCAGCGGAGAGUCAAAUGCUCACUGUCGACUUCAUGGCUGCGGUUGCUGGCUCCCUGACGCACUUCACCAAAGGCGAGAAAGGAAAUCCUCCUUCACUGCAAGACACGGUCAGCUCUGCAGCCGGUAUUAUGAACAGCGUCGCUAACGUUGGAUCAGCAGCUGCUGCGGCGUACAGCAGCAGCGUACAGAAGGCGCUGAGCCUCAUAGCAUCGCACAACGGAAGCGAAGCCAACACCACCGAGGCCCUCAUGACGAGUCUGGCCGAGCUAACGACCACCACGCAGUCACCAACCACCAUCAGCAUCAUUACAUCUACCGCCGCAGCCUUAGAAGCUGCAACCACACAGGUUCGCGCGGUGACGAACGGCAUGGUGGGCGUAACGAGUAGCGUGACCGAGUCCCUGCUGAGGGGUCAGGUGCCAGGUGAGGUCCUUUGGGACGCGCCUUGUGCGGGACAGCCUUGUGAGCCACUUGUGUCUGUGUGA